UUUCCCUUCCCUUUGCUUCUUCUAGCACGUUCUCCUUUCCCCCGACUUCCACCUUCCAAGAAAGCAAGAACAGGGGACAAAAGCGAGUGAAGCAAUCAACGAAUCAGCGCCAUCCAGGCUCCAAUCCAAUCCGGUUGCUUCGUCUCCAACGCUACCUCACGGGGCGCGGCAACCGCCAGAACCUCCCCUCCUCCGCAACCGGCCGCCAGGCGCAGGUUUUGAGUUGAUAGAUUUCAAUGGAUUUUCCUGUGGAUCCAAUCAUGAUGUAUAAGUACAAAGCCGAACUGUUUCUUAAGGAAUACUUGCUAGCAGAUUCAUAUGUUCUGUAUGCUGCUGUGCUUGGGGGGAUCCUGAUGUGCAAGUUGUCCUACGACAUCACACACAUGAUCAGUGCUAUCUACUUCAAAGGUUAUGCUUCCCUUACAAAUAUUCGGAAGAUUGAAUGGAACAAUAGGGGAAUGUCCACUGUCCAUGCAAUAUUCAUUACAAUUAUGUCAGUAUAUCUAGUCUUCUUGUCAGGUUUGUUCUCUGAUCGGCUGGAUGGACCAGUAACAUUUCGGAGUUCGCACCUCUCCAAUUUUACAUUAGGGGUGUCUGUUGGGUACUUCAUUGCAGAUCUUGCCAUGAUAUUUUGGUUUUACCCUUCCCUUGGUGGUAUGGAGUAUGUUUUCCACCACAUUCUAUCACUUGUUUGUGCUGUAUAUGCCAUGCUAUCUGGGGAAGGACAGUUAUACACGUACAUGGUUCUCAUCUCUGAAACUACGACGCCAGGAAUCAACCUACGAUGGUUCCUUGAUGUCGCUGGAAGAAAAAACUCCAAAGCAUACCUUGUCAACGGAAUUGCAAUGUUUGUUACUUGGCUGGUGGCUAGGAUAAUUCUGUUCCUCUACUUGUUCUAUCACAUCUUUAUGAACUAUGACCAGGUUAAGCAGAUGGACACUGUUGCUUGUCUUCUGAUAUCUGUUGCCCCCACUGUACUAUUCAUAAUGAAUGUAAUGUGGUUUUCCAAGAUCUUAAGAGGUCUCAAGAAGACACUGGCCAAGCGGCAUGUUGAGUAGGGGAACGUGUGCAUUCAUGUACAGUCUGCAUACACGAUAUCCACUCAUCUGUACAUUCACGUACAGCUAUGUACAGAUUUGCACUAUUCAGUAGGCAUUAAUGCAGCUACGCUGGUAAUUCAGCUUUUCCCUUGUGAUCCAGGCUGCUCAACCUGUUUUCUGGAUGCUCUCUUGAUAUUUUUGGCUAUAAAUGCGUGUGCCUCAUAUACUUUAUUCCAUUUGUAA